GUUCAUUCGUCACGCGGACUUGUUGCACGUGUUUUACUCUACUAUUGAAAGGAUAGUUUACUUUUAAAAUAUUAAGUGUUGUUAAUUUUGUUAUUUCUUCUAAGGAUCAUAUUAAAAUAUGAAACGAAAAGAAGAAGAAAUUUCUACAGCAAGAAAACCAAAAAGGAUAAAGAACACUUUAAACAAUGAUGAUACAGUCACAGAAAAAGUAAGCUUAAAUGUUGUCAAAAAAGAAAAACAGGAUAAAGAAAAUAAUCUAAAGAAAGAAAAGAAAGUAAAAUUUGAAAAACCAUUGUUAAAGAAUUCAUUGAAAAUACAUCAAAAAGAUUUAAAAAAAAAAAGUAAUUUAAAGAAUUUAAAAAAUAAAAAAAAUAUUACAAAAGAUAAUAUUUUAGCGACACAAAAGGAAGAUUGGCAGAACUUUAAAAAGAAAAAGAAAGAUUUAAGAGAAAAAAGAAAAGAAAGAAGAUUAACAGAUGUGUAUGAGAUAUCUAUUCGAGCAAAAAAGAUAAGUGAAAAAUUACGUAGAACUGACUGUACUUUGGAAGAAAAAAAGAAAUUGAUUCAAGAGCUUCACGAAUUAUUAAAAUCCCAUUAUAACAAAAUAAUAUUUACUCAUGAUAUAUCGCGUAUAGUUCAAUGGAUACUUAAAUAUUCUGAACCUGAUAUGAGAAACGCUGUAUUUGAUGAAUUAAAGCCAUCUAUCAUAGCUAUGACUCAAUCAAAAUAUGCAAAGAAUUGUGUAAAAGUUUUAUUAAAAUAUGGAUCUGCAAUAUUAAGAAAAAAUAUUAUUUCAGAAUGGUAUGGAAAUAUAGUUAAUUUGAUGAGUAAUAUUGUCUCUGCUCCUCUUAUUGAACUUGCAUAUUCUACUUGGGCUACAAAUGAAGAUAAAAUAAAUUUUAAACAAGAAUUCUAUGGUGAUAUAUACAAAAAAGCUAAAGAUAAAAAAGUAAAGAUUCUCUCUGAUGCUUUUGAAAAUGCAGAAGGUAUGAAAUCUGCAAUAUUAUCUGCUGUAAAAACGAAUGUAAUUAGAAUUUUAAAUAAGAAAUUUAUUAAUUCUGUAUUACUUCAAACUGUCAUUUGGGAAUAUUUAACAAAUUGUUCAAAUGUAGAUAGAAGUGAAAUGAUAGUUAUGUUAAGAAAUUUAGUAGUUGAAUUAUCUAGUACAAAAGUUGGUACUAAAGUUGCUAUGCUUUGUAUAUGGCAUGGAACUAAUAAAGACAGAAAAAUUAUUAUGAAAGCUCUCAAAGAAAAUAUUAAAAGUAUUGCCAUGUCUGAACAUGGGUAUAUGGUAUUACUAGCACUCAUUGAUUCUGUUGAUGAUACUGUUUUAAUGAAAAAAAUAAUUCUCUCUGAAAUCCAAAAAGAUUUAACAGAAAUAGUAUUAAAUGAAUAUGGAAAACAUGUUAUAUUAUAUCUUGUAGCAAGGAGAGAUCCUCAUUAUUUUCCACCUAGUAUAGUAGAAUGUUUAAGUCAAGGAGAUAGUAAUGAAACAAGCAAAAAACCAGCUGAUAUUAGAGAAAAAGAACUUCGUGAAGCUGUAACAGACUUAUAUUUAGAAUCAAUUGCUUCAGAAACAACAGAGUGGUUGUCAAAAGGAUCUGUUUUAAUGGUUACUCUUGCAAUAUUGAAAGUAGGUUCUGGUGAAAAAUUAAAGUGUGUAUUUAAAGCUAUUGCUUCUUUUCUUACUAAUACAGAAUCUGAACACGAUCUUAUUGAACAUCCAGGUUUACAUAUGAUGUUAAAAAAACUUAUUCAAAAUGAUAAAAAUUUAGAAACAAAGGGAGAGACUACUUUUGGUGCUAUAUUAAUUGACUAUCUAACAAAGAAUAUUCUGAAGCAAUGGAUACAAUUUAAUAGAGGUUGUUUUUUGCUUAUUUUAUUAAUAGAAAAUGAGAAUGAAACAGUAAUUAGUAAGUUAAUAUUAAAACUGCAAGCACUAUUGCAAAACAUUAAGAAAGAACAAACUCCAGGAGCAUCAAUUUUACUUAAAAAGUUAAAAGAGAAACAAUGAACUUGAAAUAAUUGUUAUAUAUAUUAAAAUAAAUAAAGAUUCUAAAAAAAUUAUUUUUA